CAGCAAGUCGUUCAACGCGAGUGAGGUUAUGCUUCUGUUGGGAUUAUUUUGAAUGUUACCUACACAAUACGCGAUAUUCUCGAUGAAAUUUAAGUCGGUAUGUUCUGUAAGACCCUACAGUUCUAAAAAAGGGAUUAGUUAUUUCACAACUCCAAUUUAUUAUGUGAAUGCAAAUCCCCACAUAGGUCAUUUGUACUCAUCCCUGAUAGCGGACGCGGCCCAACGAUGGCACAGAAUAAGAAACAGAGGAGCCAAAAUAAAGUUUGCCACGGGAACAGAUGAACACGGGACGAAAAUCCAACAAGCGGCCGAACUCAAUAACUCCUCGUUGCCGGCUUAUUGUUCUGGGGUCUCCGACCGGUAUAAAGUGCUGGCCGAUAAAUUUAAUAUCCAAUAUACGGAUUUUAUUAGAACCACGUGCGAUACGCAUAAACGGACAGUCGAAAAAUUCUGGGACCGUCUUCAGCAAAACGGCGUUUUAUACGAAUCCAAAUACGAAGGAUGGUAUUGCGUGCCGGACGAGUCGUUUCUAUCCGAUUUUCAAUUGACGAAGCGCACUUCAAAAAAUGGCGACACCACGUUUGUCUCCGCGGAAAGCGGGCAUCCUGUUGAAUGGACGGAGGAGAGGAAUUAUAUGUUUAAACUGUCUUCAUUCAGGAAUGAAUUGGAACAUUGGCUGACAACAAACGAGAAUGCCGUAAAACCUCGAAAAUAUCGUAAAAUUCUUGAAGAACUAAUAAGAAACGAUAACGCGUUGGUCGAUGUCUCCGUUUCGCGACCAUCGUCGAGAGUCCAUUGGGGCAUUCCCGUACCCAACGACGAAAGUCAAACCGUUUAUGUAUGGUUGGACGCUUUGGUGAACUACCUCACCGUCGCUGGGUAUUUCCGGACACCUGAGGCCGAAUUCAAUCAGGUUUGGCCGCCGGAUCUUCAAGUGAUCGGCAAAGACAUCUUGAAAUUUCAUGGGGUGUAUUGGCCAGCGUUUCUUAUCGCGGCAGGCUUGGAACCACCCCGUUCGAUAUUGUGCCACUCCCAUUGGACAGUGGACGGAGAAAAAAUGUCUAAAUCGAAGGGUAACGUAGUCGAUCCGUUUCAGCGUUCCGAGGUCUACACUUCGGAUGGGUUGCGGUAUUUUUUGCUGAGGGAAGGGGUCAGUUCGAACGACAGCAAUUACAGCGACAUAAAAGUGGUCAACAUAUUAAACUCGGAGUUAGCGGACACGCUGGGCAACUUGUUAAGCCGCUGUUGCGGAACAAAUUUAAACCCGUCGCAGGCAUUCCCGAUGUUUAAUCAGCGAUGGUUCGAAAAAGUUCUUGAAAACGACGUGACCCGCCGACUGAUUGACCACGUCACUGAAUUGCCGGGUGUAUGCGAAAGGCAUUACUCCGAUCACAAUUUCUACAAGGCGGCCGACGCCGUGAUUGCGACGUUGCACGCGGCCAAUUUGUUUUUCGAAACGCUAAAACCGUGGGAAUUAAAAAAGGAGGCCUGGCGAGCGAACGAGCUGAACGCGGUGCUCCAUUUAACGAUGGAAACAUUGAGAGUCACGGCCACUUUGAUCCAGCCGUUGAUUCCCGUUUUAUCCGGACGGCUAUUGGACAAAUUAAGCGUGCCCGUCAACCGAAGGCGCUUCGAUGACGUGUUAGAGCCGUCUUGGACUCGCGGGCAUUCCGACGAAAAAAACUUGACGUCGGAAACCGCUGUGCUGUUUAAGAGAAUCGACGACAAACGAGAUAAAGGACGCAAGAUUAAUUAAAAACCUUUACAUUGAUAUCGACUUACUUAUUUCACUAAAACGAUUCCUUUUCCUUUAUUUGCUUAAUAAAUGUCACA